UACCGAUGUCAAUCGGAGACGGCGUGUAUUUUCCCCUCUCACAAGCAUGCGAUGGUUAAUCGGACUACUGGCGGUAAAAGCCGGGGCUUCCUCCACACCUACUCAAGGACCCUAUGUAGCCGAAGCCACAUGGCUCGAUAAAGCAGCAACACCCCUUGAACAUUGUCUCAACCCAAGACUUGCUGCCCCGCCGGUAUAUGCAGCGAUUGCGUGGUCAAUAUGGUAGGAGGACGCUCAAUCAGAUGGUGGCCAAGUCGAGAUCGAUGUUGGAAGGAUCAGUCGCUCCAUGCCAGCCUUCCUUCGGGUGAGCGAGUCACGCGUCAGCCCCUCUGUCUUGAGGUAUUCGUGAAUGGUGAAGGAUUUGUAGAUCAACAACAUGAAGAAAGGCGCGAUUCCGCUAUACCGGAAUGGAAGGCCAAUCGUCUUCCUAAAGUGAGACGCUGUCA